AUGACAUUAUCGAUCUUGUUCGAAAAAUGCAUAAACUUAGUCUUGUAUUAUCUAUUAUUAUAUGUUGCUCGUUGGUCUGAACUCGAAACAUUAUCUUGGUUAACACGUCGAAGAGGUUGGGCAUGGAUGUUUCCAAAUAAAUUAAUUGUUGUUGAUGUUCAUAUAGCUCACGAAAUACUCGUUCGUCGGUCAACAUCUCACUUUAUCAAAGCACCUGUUGAUGAUGAAUCACCUCUUUCUGCAUCAAUGCUUAAUAAUUCUCAACGACGACCUGAUUCACGACAUGCACUUGUACAACGUUUGUCUCCAAAACAGAUUUCCAAUAUAUAUGUUCCUAUUAUGAAAGAAUGUGCUCAAUAUUUGAUUAAUCGAUGGAAAUCAAUGCUAACAUUGAACAACUCUGUUAUCGAUAUAACCGAUGCAUGUACUCGUCUCACACUUGAUAUCGUUGGUCAGACACUUUUAGGUGGCACAUUUGGUGCAUGUGCACAUGAAGAAGAUGGAAAUCAAUUGACACAUUCUAUUUUAAUGCUUACACGUGAAAAAUUCACUAAAAAAACUAAUGAUGAUCAUAACACUUGUAGUAAUGGCAAAGAUGAAAUCAAAUUCAUUGAUGAUCUUGUUCAUCGUAGAUGGAUGAAUUCAGAACAAGCACUUGAUUUUGAUAAUACAAAACUAGUAUUAUUCGCUGGAUCGGAGACAACGGCAACAGCGCUUGCUCUUACUUUACUUACUUUAGCUCAUCACAAAGACAUCCAGGCAAUGCUGCGUGAUCAGUCAAUUCGUCAAAUAAACUCAGAAAUUGAAGAAGAUACUUUAUUUGAUUUAUUCAUUCGUGAAAUUCUUCGCUUUUGGACCAUCGCUCCAUUUGUCACUCGACGAUGUACACGCGAUCUUGUUUUACAAAUUGAAUCAGAACGAACUUUAUUCAUUCCACGUGAGAGUGAUGUCAAUAUUUUCACAUGGUCUAUUCAUCGGUCUGCAAUAUAUUAUACUCGACCAGACGAGUUUGACUUGACACGAGUUUCACCCAACAAAUACUGUUACAUGCCCUUUAGUAUAGGUUCUCGUAUGUGUCCUGGUAUGGAAUUUGCUGUAACCGAGCUCAAGGUGAUCGUUUCACUAUUACUUCAGUAUUUUGAGUUCGAGCCAACUCUUCCACUUUCAACACGCGAUACUGAUAGAUUUCUUGCUCAACAACAGUUUCAUAUCGAUUGGCAUCAUUCUGUACUUCACACACAACAUCACUUAUAUUUGAAGUUGCGUACUCUUGUCGGAUCAGACUCUCAAGAAUGA